GUCGCCCAUUCGCCGUCGGGACAAUUGGUCUUAACCAAAUUCGUCGUUAGCACAAUUCGCCAUGGCCAAUUCGCCGUCGCCGAUUAGAAUAUUGUGUAUUAGCCAUUUGUGAAAUGCGUCGUAGGCCGGAUUCGCAGUACUGUAUACCUUUUAUUGUUCUAUUAUAUUUCAAGAAUGUUAAUGAGGGUGUCCUUUGGUCUAGCGCAAUUAACCAUAAACAGAUUUUGUAUGAAUGAACAACUUGUAUUAUUAUCCUAAUCUCCCUGUCAUUAGCGUAAAUCUGGUUUAUUGUUCCAUUCAACUAUUCUUAUAUCGGUAUAAAUAUACAAAAAUAUGUAGGUAAGUAAAAUUCAGUAUCUAUCUAUAGUGGCUGUAAGUAGGCAGGAAUUAAAGAAUGGACGUGGAAAUUUUAUCUGAAAAAGGGAAACAGAAAUUUACGGAAAAUGGAUUUAUUUAUGUCUUUGAUACAUUUAGUAAAAGUGACAACAGUAUAAAGUUUUGGAGAUGCGAGAAGAGAAAAGAGUGUAAAGCGCGAGUCCAUACCAGAAACGGAGAAGUUCUUAAGAAAAUUAACGACCAUUGUCAUGAUUCUUCAGCGGUUAGCGUGGAAGUGGCACAAGUCGUCACUAAAGUGAAAAAACGUGCUGUGGAGACAAUUGAAGGGACGAUUCAGGUGAUUAAUGAGUGUAUGGUUAAUACAACGCAAGCUGCUCAAGCUGUUCUUCCAAAUACUUGUAGUUUAAGGAAAUUAGUAAGACGUAAACGUAAUGAAGUUAACGCUGCACCACCAAAUCCUUUGACUCUAGCAGAUUUAUUAUUACCAGAUGAUUACAAAACGUACAAACUACGAGUCAAUGUUACGGAAAACUUUCUUUUGGCAGACAACCAAGAUGGAGCAGAAAGAAUUUUAAUUUUUGGAAGGCAGACCUGGCUUCCAUAUUUAGAAACUUCCUCAGUAUGGUACGCAGAUGGAACAUUUUCUAUAGCUCCUCCCUUAUUUUCACAAGUGUACACUUUGAUGGGAGUCAUAAAUAAUGGUGUCCAUCCAAUAUGCUAUGCGUUGUUACCCAACAAAAUGCGAGGAACUUACCAGCGGAUGUUCGAGUUAUUGAAAGAGUUGCUUCCGAAUUUAAACCCUUUAGCAAUCAAUUGCGAUUUUGAGCAUGCUGCAUUUACCGCCAUGAAAACAUCAUUCCCAAACGUAAAUAUUUACGGAUGUUUUUUUCAUAUGGCUCAAAAUAUGAAAAAAAAAUUGGGGGAAAUGGGAGUGACACGGGAAUACAAUAAUGAUCCGCAAUUUGCACUGAAUGCCAGAAUGGUGACGUCAUUAGCCUUUGUACCCCCCGCACGUUUGGAUGACGCAAUUGAAGUGGUGUCAAACGCAUUACCAGGAAACCUUCAACCGCUUCUCGAUUGGUUUGAAGAUAGUUAUGUUGGGCGUAUGAACAGACGUGGUAAUGGUAGACGACAACCUUUGUUCCCAAUCGAGAUGUGGAAUCUUUACCAGCGCACAUUAAAUGGGCAGGAUAGAACCAACAACCACGCUGAAGCCGCUCACCGAAGGCUCAAGUCGGAAGUAGGAAUGGUUCAUCCAUCAAUAUGGAAAUUUAUAGACGCUUUGCGCAAAGUGCAAAAAGGACGGGAUGCAUACUAUGAGCAAUUAGUUGCUGGUAAUGCACCACCCUUAAAGUUGAGGAAAUAUAGAAAUGCUGAUGCUCGUAUUUUGAAUUUAGUUACAAAUUUUAAUGACGACAGUAAUAUUUUGGAAUAUCUUAGAGGAUUAGCGCACAAUUAUCAUAUGUAGCGAAAUUCGUAAU